AGCCAUCGCCACCAAGUUGCAGAUGCUACCAUGAAGCCAACCUGAUUUUUCUGGGCAGACAACCUCACCAAUGUAUUCUGGAACCUCACUGCUCCAGAGCCCUAUUUCAUCAGGGAAAGAUAGAAACAAGCUGGGGGUAUGGAUUGACCUCCCAAUGUCCAUGUACAGUGGAGAAGCAAUUAUAGAAGCCAGACCUUCCACCUUCUGCACCCCAUAAAGAUCUUGUGUCCAUACUUCCAGAGGGAUAAAGAAUUGGGAACCUUCCCAUGGAGGGGAUGGGAUACAGAACUCUGGUUUCUGGUUGGGGGAAUUGUAUGGAAUUGUAACCCUCUUACCCUACAAUCUUGUUAAUCAUUAUUAAAUCACACAAAAAAAGUGUGUCCCUCGGUGCACACACAACCUUGCUCCUUCUUUGAUAGGAUAUCUAUCUAUGUCUCUCCUAGAAGUAGCUAUCCAAAGGGAAUUGUAAGAUGCUGUGAUUCUAGAGGCUCCAAGGAGAUGGGUCCAAGAAGAAGGGGGAGCAGUAAGAGUUAGGGUAUAUUAGAGCAUUGCCCAGCACUAUGUUGGAGAACCAUCAGCAGCACUAGAGAACAGCCCUAUGCACUGUAGUUCUAAGGAUGGUUGUUUAUUAAUCUGGUUUGAAGGCCAGCCCAGCACAACUGCUGAUCACCAGACUAAUUGAUCCUGGCAUUGUUGAGACAUCUGUCAGAACCCAGAGCUGGAAGGCUAGCUUCACUGACUAGUAAGGACCAUGUUCCUGUUUCUACCACUUCCUGUUCUGCUUCUGAGUGUGGUGACAGCCUUCUGCUCAGAAACAAUCACCUGUGGGGAUGCCCAGAAGACCUGCUCGGUAGUUGCCUGUGGCAUCCCUGUGACCAAUGGCACCCCAGGCAGAGACGGACGAGAUGGACCCAAGGGAGAAAAGGGAGAGCCAGGACAAGGGUUCAGAGGUCUGCAAGGCCCUCCAGGAAAGGCUGGGCCUCCAGGAAGUACGGGGAGAACUGGGUCUUCAGGACCAAAGGGCCCCAAAGGAGAUCCUGGAGAUUGUUCAGAUGCUGAAGCUAAGCUGGCUAACUUAGAGAGAGAGAUAAGGAGCCUGAAGUCACAGCUGGACCACACCAAGAAGGUGCUCACCUUCUCCUUGGGGAAAAAGUCUGGAAAGAAGCUCUAUGUCACCAAUGGGGAACGGCUGCCUUUCUCCAGAGUGAAGGCUCUGUGUGCUGAGUUACAGGCCAUCGUGGCCACCCCUAGGAAUGCCCAGGAGAACACAGCCAUCCAGAGCCUGGCCCAGGACACUGCCUUCCUGGGCAUCACGGAUGAGGUGACCGAAGGCCAGUUUAUGUAUGUAACAGGGGGGAGGCUGACCUACAACAACUGGAAAAAGAAUGAACCCAAUGACCAUGAAUCUGGAGAGGACUGUGUGACCAUCCAAAAAGAAGGGUUCUGGAAUGACGUCUCCUGCUCUUCUUCCUACCAGGCUAUCUGUGAAUUGCCUGCCUAAUGAGACCUCUUCUCCAAACUCCUUUCUGGAUUCUUGAGAAACUCUUGGCUGCUCUGAAAGAGAAUUCAAUGCCUGUUUGCCAGUG